AUGCCAUUUGAGGAUUCUUCCACGGAGAAGGCGUACAGGCACUUCAGGGCACUGUCCUGCAGGCGAUGGGACAGGAUUGGCUCGACUGUCACCAUCAUGCUCUGGAUGAUUGGCUUGGCUCGGCACGCCAUCAGGCUGGUGGGGGAGAAGAAGUACAUGGUCGGCCUGGCCGUGCUCAAUGAGGCCGCCCCGGCUAUCCUGACCCUCCUCCCCGACCCUUACUUCGUCCCCGCCCGCCCCUGGGUGGUGGGAGUGGUCCGGCUCAGCCCCCUCUGGCUCCUCGGCCUGUUUGCGGGCGGCGAGGACAUCGGCAUCCUCCCGCGCCUCAACUCCGAGACCGGCGCGGCAUUCUUCCCCCUCAUCCUCCUGGCCUCCAAGGCCCUGCCCCUGGCCUUCCCCACUUUGGCCCACCCGCUCAUGGUGUCCCACGACUGGCGCAUCGUGGCGGCCACGCUGCCCGUCGUCGCCGCGGCCAACGCCGCCACCUGCGCCAGCAGGGCCUGGGACCCGGCGGUGGAGGCGCGGGUCAGCGCGCUGGGCCGCACCCUGCUCCGACUCUCCUCGCUGGGCCUGGGACCCGCCGUGCCGCGCCGCCUGCUGGGCCGCGACGCCACGGGCACCCUGCGCUGCAACUUUGCGCUGGACUGGCUCAUGGUCGUGCUGGGCAUCGCGCGGCCCCACCUCCUCCUCGCGCGAAUGGAGGCCCUCAGCCGCCAGGCGUUCGCGCAAGGGCGGGGGCAGGCGGUGGGGCGCGCCCCCGCCGCCCCCUCCUGCCUCUCCCUGGCGCUGGCGCUGGGGCCCAUCCUGGGCCUGGCCUGCCUGGUGGCGCUGACCCUCGCCACUGUCCCGGCCCUGCUGGGCGUGCAAUAG